CUCCGCACGACUUUUGGUUUUAUCGAGGAUUUUUAUACGUUAUUUGCCCGUCGGCCUGAGCUUCAUCUCUGAUACUUCGGACCAGACUUCCCAACUCUGUGAACUUGUAUCGUUGUGUGUGUGUGUGUGUGUGUGUGUGGCUCAGAGGUUGCCCGACGACCCGAGCGGGCCUCUCGGCUGCAGAAGAUGAGCACGCGGUGCGACUUCCCCUCGGCCCAAUGGAUCCACACAAAGAGAAGACACCGGGGGAACGUUUUUAACAGUUUCUAAACCCUGCUGGACUCCUCGCGGUGGAGGAGGAGGAAGAGGAGGAGGAGGAGGAGGAGGGCCGACAUGAGGCUGUGCAACCGCGGCAUGAUGCUGCUGCUGACCACGGCGGGGGCCUUCUGCGCCUUCAGCCUCAUGACCAUCGCGGUGGGCACGGACUACUGGCUGUACUCCCGGGGGAUGUGCCGCUCCAAGUACCUGAACGACAACGAGAACGUCCGCAAGAACGAGGAGGUGCUGACCCACUCCGGCCUGUGGAGGACCUGCUGCACCGAGGGGACUUUUCGGGGCGUUUGCAAAGACAUUGAUCACUUUGCCGAAGACGCAGACUACCAGCAGGACGCCGCCGAGUAUUUACUACGUGCAGUUCGGGCCUCCAGCCUCUUCCCCAUCCUCAGCGUGGGCCUGUUGUUCCUCGGAGGCGUGUGCGUGGCGGCCGGCGAGUUCUACAAGUCGCGUUACAACGUCAUCCUCAGCGCCGGCAUACUCUUUGUCUCUGCAGGUCUCAGUAACAUUAUUGGCAUCAUCGUGUACAUAUCAGCCAACUCGGGCGACCCCAGCCAGAGCGACAACAAGAAGAGCUACUCCUACGGCUGGUCUUUUUAUUUCGGCGCGCUGUCCUUCGUGCUGGCCGAGAUGGUGGGCGUCCUCGCCGUGCACGUGUUCAUCGAGAAACACCGGCAGCUGCGCACCAAAGGCCGGCCGUCCCUCAUCAAGCCGCCCAUCUCUCGCAGCUCGUCGUACUACCGCAACCGCUACAACCGCGGCCGCUCGCUCUCGCACUCCUUCCGAGCGUCCUCGGUGCGGGACCGAGAGCCGUCCGUCUCGGCCGAGUCUAAAGCCGCGGCGGCGGCGGCGGCAGACUCGGAGUUCACGCUGUACGGCUUGACCUCGCCUCUCGAGGACGCUAAGGUGGACGUGGACGCGGACGAUUUGGCGGCUCGCAACGACGCGGAGAUGCUGCAGGGAAACAGGAGGACCACGCCUGUGUGAGGAGGAGAGGAAGUGGAGGCUGAGGGCCUUCUGUGAGAGGAGAACAUCAUGAUCGAGAGUCUUAUUGGUACAACAACAAAAUAAUUUUAAAGGCAGGAAAGACUUUAACAGGCCUGCACGGACUGAUCAGUCAGGAAAUAAAUGAUGAAAAGAGAAAAAAAGGGAUUGUUUUGUCUGACCAACAGACCCAAACUGCAAUAUGUUACAUUUAAAAUGAUGCAAAACAAAGAAAUGAAGUAAUACUUCACGUGUGCAAAGCUGGUAUCAGAGACUGUUGAAAGGUUAUGUGUAUAUGCUUUUUGUACGGCUUGUAAUUACACUAUACAGUAUAUCCAUAGUGUGUGUGUGUGUGUGUGUGUGUGUGAAUGAGUGUGUGUGAAAUUAUAGCAAUUUGUGUUUGAGUCGGACAGAGAGAGACCAGAAGAAGGAGCUGUUCAUGAAGAUAAUGAACUGUCACAUAGAAAUUAAAACACACACACACACACCUGAGAAUGACAUAAUUAACAAUGUUCAUUUCCUGUUCUCGUUUUUUUGUGUGGACCUGAGCUCAAAAUCGAAACCCCAUUAAAUGCAUUAGAUCCCCUCUCAA